AUGGAUAAGUUAAACCACAAAUUAGAUAUCAAACCAAUUAUCUCUACCCGCAACUUUCUCGCCGAGAUUAUUCAAAACGCUAGUAAUGAUUAUGAAAAAGCGGGUGCUAUUCAAGCCUUUGAAGUCUGUUAUGAAUUAGCCAAGAAUACUAUCAGAAAAAUAUUAUUGCUUCGAGCCCAAGAGGUUCAUAUUACUCCCAAAGAAAUCUUUCGCUUAGCCGCACUAGAAGGCUUAAUCCCUGAUGCCGAAUAUCCUUAUACUUUUUAUGCUUAUGGCUCCCGAGUCAAAGGAACUGCUCGCCGCUUGUCGGAUUUGGAUAUUUGCUACCAAGAGGAUAUUCCGGAUAAUAUCGCCUUUAAAAUCGAGGAAGAAUUUAAAGAAAGUGAUUUACCUUUUCUGGUCGAAUUAGUGGCUUGA